AGUUUUGUGCGGUUAAGUGCUUUGGGGAUAGUCGCCGCAGGAAUGCCUGCUUCUUUAAUUGCCUCGCGGCGAUCAAGGAUAUCAUGCAUGUGUCCUGUCGAUGGGCGCGAUCAUUUUUCCACAGCGUGGAAAUUCAUUGCUCCUUCCACUUUUUUUAUGCGAGAGUGUGAAAAUUUGUUUGUCAGUUGAAGGUCAUCUUUGUGAGUCAUUCAAGGUCAUGAAAAUGUUGAACUUUCUGCUGCGCUCGUGAAUCAUUCAAGCUGGAUGUUGGUGUUUGGGGCUGUUGCAGGCAAUAAUUUGACUCCGCGCUCUCCAUCAUGAAUUUCUCGCCAUUCGGCGGGCACUUCUCGACGACGAUACCGACCAUUCAUCAGUUCGCGGCGAAGUUCACGCACGACACGUCCGCCAACAAUGCUCUAUGCAAUCAGGAAACGAAUAGCAAUAGGUACACGGCGAACGGGGUGCCGUCGUUCACGCAGCACCAUCCGGCAACGCCGUCGCAGCAGCACAUGGUCAACAACAAGUACCAGGCGGCGAACUAUCUCAAUCAGGCGGUGUACUCGCAUCAGAACGUGCGCCAGCAGGACAAACGCUAUGAUCAUCAGGAACUAGCGCAGGAACUAUGCGCUGCUAUGCAGAAUCAGCCGGAUAAGGCGGGUGGUGAUAAAGGUGCCAAGGAGGAGGCACGGGGACACCAGCUGACGCAGCAGAACGCCAUGCCUUCCACGUGGCAAUCUCUUGCGACGCCUGGAUCCACUGUUGCUGAUUAUCUGUCACAUCUGCCCGCCUCCACGCUGCCGCUCAGCCUACACCACUUCCUCAAGUACUCCGCGGAGACUAUCAAAAAGGAGAGCUCCAGCGCGCAGCAACAACUCAGCGUGCCCAAUGACAUCAACCUGCUGCAUGCCAACAGCAACGCGUUGAGUAACACGCUCGCCAGCCCCCCGAAUGGGCCUGGGGCGCAGUCCAUCAACACGCUGGGCACGCUCGGCAACCUGAAUCCGGCGCCGGCGCCACCUGCCGCCGCCACCACUGCCAAGAAAAAGAAAAAGAAGAAGGUGGAGAAGGAGAAGAAGCCGCGCCCGAAACCGGGUGAGAUUCGGCUGACGACGGCGCUCGAUGGCAGCACUCUGUACUGCUGUCCGGAGUGCCAUAUGGCGUACCCCGAGAAGGAACUGCUGGAACAGCAUCUUGUCGGGCAUACGCUCGAGCGUCGAUUCGUGUGCGAUAUUUGCGGCGCCGGCCUCAAGCGGAAGGACCAUCUCACGCGGCACAAGCAGUCGCACAAUCCGGAGCGGCCCUAUGUCUGCACCGUGUGCCUCAAGGCCUUCAAACGAAAGGAGCAGUUGACUCUGCAUUUCGUCAUACACUCAGGUGAAAAACGGCACAUUUGUGCUGAAUGCGGCAAAGGAUUCUAUCGAAAGGAUCAUCUGCGGAAGCACACGCGUUCGCACAUCGCGCGCCGUGUCAAGGCCGAACUUUCCCAGCAGGGCACGUCGAGUACGCCCACCCUGCAAUUGCAAGUUGCCGCUCCGACGACAACAAACAAUUCAUCAGGUAUACUUUAAACCAAUCCGAAGCAAAUGACACUAAUAAUACACUAACUAACUAACCCCCGGCGAGAACGACGAGCUGAUUUACACACCGAUCGAAACGCAAUAAGUCCACACAUUUCUGCAAAUUAUACAAAAAAAAUACAUACACAGAAACAAAACAAAACAAAAAAAACGCAAGAAUUUCGGUGCAUUAUGAACAAAAUCAACUGCCUGUGAACGACAAAAUGAUCUAAAUUGAUGUUUUGGUAUGACUUUAUUAUGUUUUCAAAAUUUAUAUUGCGCUAGCUUUAGGAAAAACGAGAAGUGAAAUUAUUGAUUGCAUAUUUAUGGAGAUUUGAUUGAGACUUAUGAGAAAAUUUGAAUUUAAUGAGAAAUGAAAUUGUUGUCUACGAACGUUGCCCGAUUGCGAUUUAUCUGAACCUGAAAGGUUCACCUUUAUUACACUAUUAUUACGUCUAUUUGCGUGUAAGUAAAGUUUGUUUAUUCUUAUUGCUAAGGUUUUCAUGUAACUUCUCUUAACUUUUAACGGUACGGAUAAUGGAUAAUGAUAGACAUAACUAACAAUAAAUAGUUUAAUACUUAAUUUUAAGCAGAGACUAGCGAACACAAAAGACGACGCAGUGCGACAACCAAAACAAAGAAGUAACAAACAAAACAAA